UGGCGGGCAUGCACCACCAGGUGUGCAAUCCAUGCCCGCGGGAACAACGUUUGGCUUUCCGGUCAGGUCUUCCCUGCAUCUCAGGCCAUGGAUGGUGGGUAUGGCUCUGGAGCGGAGCCGCCAUGGUCGCCCCCGUGUGGGCAAAGCAGUCGGCGGACGUUGGGGCAAAGUACUCAGCUCACAUUUGGGGGCAAGUCCAUUCCUUCCCCCUCGUCAUGCAGACGCACUUCGAGCGAUCAGUCGGCGUCCAUGAUAGACGUCGACAGCGAUGACAACAGUGAAGUGUCGGCGGAUACAACCGGUUGGACGCCUGGAGGAGUUGGCGAUGGUGAGGGCACAUGGCAUGAUGACACUGGCGGGUCCAGUUACGCGGCAGAUGAAGGAGACGACGAGGACUGCACUUCCACGCAGUCGGGGGAGAUGAACGGUGAAGAUGGUGGUCGUCGUGUAGAAGAGGGGGUUGAAGGGCGUCCAGGCGAGGAUGUGAAUGCGGCGAAGGGUAAUCAGCAGAAGCGUCGUGGUGGGCGGCCUCCGACCAGCAACCCCAAACACGAGGUGCCGUGGACGUUGGAGGAGAGGAUCCAUCUCGCGAGGAUGAUGCAAGAGGACGACGCCCUCAUGGCGGACGCCAAUGGCCAACACCGCAUGAUGGCGAUGAAGGAUCGGUACGCAUGGGUGCUCGCACGGAUGAAGGAAGUCAGGUACAUGCACAGGACAGCAGAGGAUUGCCGGAAGAAGUGGACCAACAAGAUGACAACGGCGAAGCUCAUCCUCGGCAAGCAACAUAAGAAGUCGGGGGAGCCAUCGUAUUUUGACAUAACAAUUGAGCAGCGGAGAGAGAAGAGACUGCCGCUGUCUUUCGAGAAGGCAUUGUGGGACGCGAUGACGUGGAAACUUGAUCGACCAUCCAUCCAGUGCGACAACACGAUGGCAUCGGAGUCACUCCCAGGGAAACGACAGGAACCAUCACCGACAGUCGGAUCCGAGGCAACGGGGACGGAAGAGUCGGACAGCUCAAGCAAGGCAUGCAGAACAGGGACCGACAAAGCGAGGGUUCAUGAAGGCGGCUCAAGCGGAUCGUCCUUGAGCAAAGUCAUAGAAGACUCAACGAGAUCGUAUUGUCGGGGCCUUAACAAUUCGACGACUACCCUGGCGAGAGCGACUACAGGAGCAGGCACGGCAAUAGCAGCGAAAAUAGUGCGCGUCAAUGAUGUCCAUGCGAUGGAAAUCACGACUGGAUUGGGGUAUGUCGGCAAUGGCGCUUUGAGCCACGUCCUCCUGUUCGUGACGAAGAGGCAUCCGCUGGUGCCAAACAGAUGGGAAGGUCCCGAUCGGGACGCGGUGGGGGACACCAUCAAGUACCUUGUAUCCGCCAUUGCCGAAGAGUUCGUGAACUGCAUGGACGAAACGCCUUGGUACGACACCAUCUUCGACCCCCCUUUGGAGGGCAGGGGGUACUUGCACGGGCUGGUGGAUAUAUGGGGACCUGAGGAUGGCCUUCGUGACGUGGAUGAUGAUGGUGUCGACAAAGAUGAUGAUGACGAGUUAUAUGACGGCGGCGAUGAUGAUGAUGAUGAUGAUGAUGAUGAUGAUGAUGAUGAUGAUGAUGAUGAUGAUACUUCGUCAUCACCAUCAUCAUGGCCGCCGUCAUCGAACUCGCCUUAAUCAUCUUCGUCGACACCAUCAUCAUCCACGUCCUAACCACCGCCGACAUCAUCAUCGGCGGUUCAUUCCGGUAUGGAGUCCAUGGACAGCGUCCGUGCAGAGUGUGCAUCGCAUUCGGGACAGUGACAUGCAAGUUGUCGCCGAUGUCAAUUGCAGUGAUUGAGGUUAUGUUAAUGAAUGCUGCACAUGUGC